AUGACUUCCAAGGCGGGCGCGUAUAUCACCCGCUGGCUGCAUUGCAAGCUCACCAAUAUCCCGGAGAAGAUUCGAGUGGUAGAGGUGCUAUGCUCUGCGCUGGACGAACUGCAGUGUUGGCGCGUAGAAUAUUUCGGUGCAGGGAAUGUGAGCAGCAGAAUGGCGCUAGGGAUUGGCAGCAUUGGAAGAAAGGAGGACGAGCAGUGGCCGAUGAAGUUGGAAGAGUUUGCGAGCGCGUGCGAUGGAGUUGUGGGCAACUCGGGAAGAAGCUGGGCGUCGGGAGAAGGCUCUUGUGGGAAGCUGACCUGGCAAUCUGACAAGCUCACCAAUGGGAAGAAUCUCGAUUCGUCAGCGGUCUAUCACGCGAAAGCUGCGUUGUCGGUGCCUCCCGCUCCGCUCUACAUGGGCUUCCCUACCGAGGUUCGGACUGCGCUCGAGUUCAAGCUGCGGCACGCGUCCGAGUUCUUCGCCAAAGUCGUGCUCACCUUCAUCACUCGGGAGAAGGCUUUUGUGACCACAAAAAAGCAGUUGGGGUGA